CUCCUAGUCAUCCCUUCCAUUUCGCACCCCGUUUCGUCCUAAAAAUGUCCGAGAAAAUCGAGGAGACAGCUCCGGCACGGUCAUCGCCUCCAAAGUCCCCAGAUGAGCCUGCUGCUGCCGUGACAGAGCCCUCGACCCUUCUUCCGCCCCAGCACUGGGUCGAGACAGCAGAAGAUGAUGAUGAUGCCGACUCAGCCCUGGGAGACACACAAAGCUCAACAGCGUCUGUCACCUCUAACAUCCUCAAUUACAGGACCAUCCUUGGUCGGAGAUUCCAUAGCGAACAGGGAGAUGCGCAUUACUGGGGAUCUAAUGACGAAAAGCAAAACGAAGCUGCAGAUAUCAAUCACCAUGUUCAGACCCUAGGUCUCGACGGCAAGCUCUUCCUUGCACCUCUUGAUGAGAAUAAAAUCAAGACAGUGGUAGACAUCGGGACGGGAACAGGAAUCUGGGCUAUUGACUUCGCCGAUGAAUACCCUGGUGCUGAGGUCAUCGGGACAGACAUCUCACCCAUUCAACCGAGCUGGGUUCCCCCAAAUCUUCAAUUUCAAAUUGACGACUGCACCCAAGAGUGGACUUUUGCCCCUGAUUCCCUCGACUACGUGCACAUUCGUUUCUUGAGCGGCUGCAUCGCCGACUGGACUGCUCUGUUCAAGCAAGCCUACAAAUGCCUCAAACCUGGUGGAAUUAUCGAAACCAUGGAGCCAUCAGCAAACAUAGAGAGUGACGAUGGCACUGUUGAAGAAAGCAGUGCCAUGGGGCAGUGGGGUAAGAUAUUCAUCGAAGGUGGCCAAAAGAUCGGCCGGACAUUCACAGUCUUUCAAGACAAUGUCCAGAGCAAGUCUUUGGAAGAAGCUGGUUUUGUCGAUCUGCAUGAGCACCAGUACAAGUCACCGAUUGGCCAAUGGCCAAAAGACCCAAAGCUUCGAGAGAUCGGGCAAUAUGUUCAACUGACCAUGGAAGCCGACUUUGAGGGGCUGAUUGUCUUCAUGACCAAUGUUCUGGGGGACUGGACCAAAGAGGACAUUCAGGUUUACAUUUCUCAUCUGCGGCGCGAAAUUCGGUCUGGAAAGAAACAUGGCUGGUAUUGGCAAAAGAUCGUCUGGGCCCGAAAACCGGAAUAGACAUAAAUUUCCUCAUUUAGCUUUUAUUCCAAGAGAUUUCUGUCAUUUUCCUUUCACAUGUAACAUCUUAUCAACGCAGCUAACGACGCGAGCGCGUGAUGGAACUGCAGCUCUGCUACUUUUGUCUGCAAUG